AUGUCUGGGUCUAGCUACUACCAGCGUCCCGCAUCCAGAUACCCACAGUCGGCCUACAGCGGCUCUGCAAAUACCUCUGGACGGCCUCGUGACACCCCUACCUACCAAACGCCCUACACCACAUAUACAUCCUCACGAGACCCAAUGGAGAGCUUUUGGAUCACUGGACAGGAGACAAACAGGACGCAGCAUGCGGCCGGCGAGGUGGCCAGGUUUGAACUGCAAUGGAGCUCUGCCAGUCGUCGUUGA